CCUCUAAUCGUACAACCUAAAAGUCAAGAGAACACACGUGCUUAGCACUGUCUGCCCAGACUUUAUUUUGAGCGGCGCCGUUCCUGAACCGAGCAAACCUCAUCCGACAGCCAUCUCCCCCAUCCAUCUCCAUCUCGAUCCUCCAUCCUCUUCAUCACUUCCCAUUUCAUUCUCCCACCACAGACCCACUCCACUCGCGAGCUCGAUGUGAGCUGCGCACUGAUGACCGCCCCUGCCACCACCGCAAGGCCGUAACCAUGGCCCCCUCGUCCCCCGUCCCUUCUCCACCCCUUCCGCCCGCCUUCUCCCCACACCUCACAGCAUCGCCGCAGAGCAUCGAGGAGCGCGACAUCACCGACCUGCCUCUCGACGUGGAGGAACAUGUGUGUAUGCGCGACCCCGCUCCUCUGCCCGUCGUCGCUGCUGGCCCCUCCCCUUUGCACCCCCCAGAGCCAAGAGAGCCUCCCCGCAAGCACCCACGAGAGCCCGCCCCGCUUUACCCACGAGAGCCCACCAAAGCCCACCCCCUCCAGCCGCGGUCGCCUCACUUCGCCCCCCUUCCAGGCGGAACACAUGUGGCACCAUCUUCAUCGACACCAGCGCGCUUGCACGUCUCAGCGACCCGUCCCCGCGUACCUCUUACCCCCAUCCCCACCUAUUCCACAACCGCGGGCACGGCGCCGCCCACCCCGAUUCUGGCGCAGACGCCGGCCCCGCAUUCCGCUGAUCAGCCCGAGUUCGCUGAGCUUCUCACCCCCGCGCAGCUGCGGCGGCGGCGGCGUCCGCGAGCCGCACUCGCGGAUGAUGCGCCUGCCGGAAUGGGCACUCUGGCCGGGCAGCCGCUGCUCGCUGGUCCCAGCCGGCACGGGUGGACCACGGACGACGGCGACCUAUACCGUGGCGCAACGUCUGAUCCUACGCCCGAACCUGCGCUGCCACUCGUCUCAAACGACGACGCCAUCACGGUCUCGAGCGGGAGCAGUGGAAGUAGCAGCUGGAGUUGGGGCAGCGGCGGUGUUGCUGGAGCCACCAGGGCUGUAGUGCAGCGGAUCGGCGGCGCCAUUGGUGUGCGCCGCGGAUCCACCUCCUCUAUGGACACAGGGUCCAGCAGUUCCAGCUCUAGCUCCAGCUCCUCCGAUGGCGCGGCUACGAGAGUGAUCGGCCGCCUAGGGCGUGCUCUAACGCGCACUGUUUCCCGCGCGACGGUCGACAGCACCGAGGAGCGCCCACGCCGCAUCCACGUUCCCCGCCGGCGCGAGUUUACACUGCUGCUACCAGACGAGAACUGGGCGCCGGGCGAGGGCACGCCGAUGCCUACGCCGCCCCUUCCUGCUGGUGGGACACCGGCGCCAACCCCCAACCGCCUUAUCACGACGCCAGUGCUGCAGCCCAUCUUGGACGAGGUGCGCAAAGCCCGGCAGGCGGCGGGUAUAACCUCCGACCUGGCUGUACGCCCUGCGCACACGCGUAAGGGUGUGGCGAUGAAGCGCGGUGGGUCAGCACCAGGCCGCUCGCGCCAACCGCGCACAUUCACUGCGCCACCACCGCGCCGCCCGAUCGUACCCCGUACACUGACGAGGCUCGAGGCGCUGCGCGGCACGGCCUCGAUACCCAUCCCCGUGAGACCGAAGUCGGCUUCCGACCUGCUCGGCAUGGUGGGCCCGCGCUCCGCGAGCGCCACCUCCCUCCGCGGACUGGUAGACGAACCUGAACCCCUCACCCCGUCUCCACAGAUGAGCAUCGACACUAUGGCACCGAAGCCUCGUGCGGCAUGGUGGCUCGACGUCUCCUGCCCCACAUGGAAGGACCUGCGCGACAUCGGCGAGCUCCUCUCCCUCCACCCGCUCACACUCGAGGACGUGCUGCACCAAGAUCCGCGCGAGAAGCUCGACACGUUCGACGCGCUUGGCUACUACUUUGUGGCGGUGCGCGCCCUCGACGAGCAGUACUUCAAGUACACGCCGGGCAGCGUGGACGCGCCUCCCGGCGCUGAGAUUACGACCCCAGGACACCAUGUGGAGGAGCAUGAGCACGCCGGGCCGGAGAAGAAGAAGGAGCGGCAGCGGCGCGGGUGGGGUUUUGGGCGGGCGACGGGGCGUACGGCCAGCAAGGCUGGCGAGAAGGUCGAGAUCGUCGAGGACCAUCCGGGCAAAGAAGGGCUGGAGGGCGUUGCCGUCGGCGGCAUCAAUCUCUACCUCGCCGUAUUCGCUGACGGGAUCGUGAGCUUCCACUACGGCGAUGUCGCGAAACACACGGCGCGCGUGCGCGACCGCGUGCUCUCUGUGCCUACCCACGAGCCGACGGCGGACUGGAUUGCGCAUGGGCUGCUGGAUUCAAUCGUCGACGCGUUUUUCCCUCUCACGGGAUAUGUAGAUGGCGCUGUGGACGACAUGGACUCGCUGACGAUCGACCCGACGCGGGAUCCGCGCGACCACAGUCGUGCGUUCCACAUUGACGCCGAGUCGCCGGCCGACGCGCCGUAUGCCGACCACAUCGAGAACUUUACGGGCGGGGACAAGGACGUGGAGUGGAUUGCGAUGGAGAACACUGGUCUGCGCGAACGGCGCAAGUCGCGGCGCGAGAUGUUCGUCAAACAGAUGAACCGGGCGCAUACCAAUGCCCGGCAGUCCGGCGCGAGCCGCUACAUCAAGAAGAUUGUCGUCAAGGCGUUCGCCCGCUCCCGCCUCGACGGGUACACGGCGACGUCGCCGCUCGCCAAGGGCGUGCUGUACGCGAAGCUCUUCUUCCUGCCCAUCACGGAAGCCAGACCGAAGCAGUACAUGCCCGCUGCGCCCGAGGUGUUCGACCGCACGACGGUGCUGAACAGCAUGACGAACCUGCGGCGUCUCGUGACGGGCCUUUCGCGCCUCUUGGGCGGCAAACACAUGGUCGUCGCGAGCCUGCUGAAGCGCGUCGAGAACCACGGCACGUCCGACGUGCAAGCCUACCUCUCGGACGUGCACGACCACAUCCUCCUCCUCCAGACGUCGCUGUACCACUACGAGUAUAUCCUCGCCAACUGCCAGCCGGCAUACAUCUCCUACCUGCAAGUGUCGGGGAGCACGUCGCGCGGCAACAUCUCGAACCUGGUGCUCGCGCUCUCGGUCGUGACCAUCGGCAUCCUGCCCAUGCAGUUUGUGACGAGCUCGUUCUCGCUCAACGUGCACGUCCCGCACAACCAUAUCCCGGAGGAGAACGAGGAGGGCAUCAUGCCCCGCCACCCCCGCAACUACUACUUUGCGGGGGUGGUGAUCGGGGUCUUCCUCGUCGCGUGCACCCUCGUCACCGUCAUCCGGUGGUGGCGCUGGAAGGCGCGCGUCAAGUGGAGCCGCAUACGCGGCGUCGAGGUGCCGCGCGCAUGGGACGGGUUUUGGGGGUGGGAGUGAGACUUAGAAGUAUAGAUCUGUUGAAUGGAUGUAUCAUCUGACGCUUGCGGGCG